AGUAUGUUGCAUCAUCUGUGGUGUGCAUGAACCAUGGACUUGGGAGACGCAAAUAAAACAAACUGAAACUACCAAAAUGAAAUACCGUUGCUCCACGUUCAUGAGUAUUGAGUAAUAUUUAUUUGUGAAUGAAAAAUGUUGAAACUAUAACAAGACUAUGUAUUCUACAAGAAAUUAUAAAUAAAGUUCAUGUAAUAUUGACACUGCAAAUGGCUCGAGGAUACUGAUGUUUUAGCUAUUUUGUGCCGCAAAAUUAAAUGAUCAUGGAGGAACAACAGAAGCGGGUUUAUUAUUGUUCUUAUCAAGGAUGCGCCUCAUAUUUCGACAGACCCUACAGACUGGCCCAGCAUUUUCUUGCUCACAAUAAUAUUAGGCCUUUUCCAUGCAAUCACCCCAACUGUUUUAAGGCUUAUACAAGUAAAAGUCAUUUAGAUCGUCACAUCGUUACUGUGCAUAUGCCCCGCGAAAAUGAUGUUGUUUACAGUUGUCCACAAUGUCUCAAGCCGUAUGCAAGUCGUCAGAAUCUCAAAAGGCACUUGAACACAGUUCAUUUGCACUCAUUCACCUGUAGUGUCUGCAAUAUGCAGUUCAGAAAGAAGAAUCAACUAAGUACCCAUAUGUAUCAACACACUGGUUUGAAAGCAUUCAAGUGUGACCUCUGCACAGAUACAUUUGUGAGUCUUUAUCUGAAGAAAAGACACAUGAGAUAUCACAAAACAUAUAGAUGUGACGAGUGUAACAUUAUAUUUAAUCAUUGGUCCAAAUAUCAAAAGCAUAAAAAAUUUGAUCAUGACAAAAAUGAGUACAUCUGCAAUGAGUGCCAGAGGACAUUCAAUAAAAGAUGUCAUAUAGUUAAACAUCUUAAAACACAUUUUGCUAAACCAGUUAUCCAAACAUUUCCUUGUCCAUAUGAAAAUUGUCAAAGGUGCUAUUCAAGAAAAAGCAACUUAAAACAGCAUGUCCUUGUAAAGCAUAUGAAGAUGUUCCAUGAAUGUCACAUUUGCAAUGCACAGCUAUCAACAAAGGCCAAAUUAAACUAUCACAUUCAGUUACAUGACAGGGAAGUAGUUGCAAGAGCACCAAAAACAAAUGGAGAUAGGAAACCUCGAAUUGAUGAAGGUUCCUUUAAAACAUCUACUGCACUAAAAUUAGCGGGCUUGACAGCACCACCAGAGGAAACAGACUCAUCCCCCACUCAUUCUCCUGUUAAUUUGUCCAUUAAAACUGAGUACAUUGAAGUUGAAGUAGAUGUACAUGUCUAAUAAUGAUUUCAAACAAAAGAUAUUAUAAUAUUCAAGGAAAGUUAUCAAAAAGUUUUCUUAUGACGGAAAAUUAAUAUUUUUUUGGUAUUGUCACCCUGAUGCAAAUAUUGCUGUCGUAUGAUUGCAUUAAUAUUGUCAAUGCAGUUCUGUAUUUAUGUUCCAAUGCGCCAUUACAUGAAAACAUUAAAAAUUACACUCAUUUUAACCCCGACACAAUAAGAGGGGUAAUAUAAACAUGUCUGUCUGUGGCAUCAUAACUUCCUAAUGUACUGGACAAUUUCAAUGUAGUUUCAUUUGUAUUAAAGGUGAAUUAUGUGCGAGCGUUCCUCGACCUGUUUGAUAAAAACCGGGUCGUGCGAUUUAAGAGUUGUAGGACGUGCCAGUGGGGGAGAAUAACCAAAUAUCUGCAUGUAUACUCCAGUGGGGACACAACUGAAAGCACACUGAAAUAUAAUGUUGAUCACAAUGUAAUCAAGAGAGUUCUUAGCUUUGUUUGAUGAGAAAAUUGGUGGUGGGAAUGGGAUAUGGAAAUCCAAUUGUCAAGUGAGAGAUCUCAGUCUUUGCAAUUCUGCUAAAGAUGAUUUAUAAUGUUUUUUUUUUAAUUCUUGUUAUUGCAUUUAAAAAUUGACCUUUCUUGAAUGCAAUUUACGUUUCAAGGUCUUCGUUUGUGUUGAAGAAAUAUUAUAUAUUAUAUGCAUAUUUGUAAAUUGAAAUUGUGAUAUUUUCGUUGCUAGCAGGUCUUGCACUAACAGAAUUGAUAGUAGUAAUUCUACUUGAUAACGAUGUUUGUCAUUAAUAAUAAUAAGUAUUAAUCUGAUUGAAGUUAGCUAGUAAAUAUUCAGUAGUUGUGCUUUUAGCCGGCUAAAUCUACUCAACUAUGCCUAAGCCUUGGGUGUAGUGUUUAGAGGUACAAAUGCAAUUUCCUGUAAUACUUAAGAUAGAAUAAGAAAUAGAAUUUAUUUAUUUAUUAGUAUAUAAGAGCAUUGUUAAAUUUUAACCUCAAUAGAUUUAGGAGCAUUUCGAAAGUAGUAAGUAUAGAUAUAGUUACCUGUCCUGCAAAGUGUGAAAAAUUAAUGCUUCACUAAUACUUAAGUAUGUAUUAUUAAAAUAACUUUAAUGAAAA